AUGACUACCGAAGUUGCGCUCGAUACCACUGUCGGCCUCAUCACGGUCGAACUCUAUAAUGAUCACGCGCCGAAGACAUGCAAGAACUUCGCUGCCCUUGCGCAGCGCAACUACUUCAAUGGCCUGCUGUUCCACCGCAUAAUACCGAACUUCAUGAUCCAGGGUGGUGAUCCUACUGGCACUGGCCGAGGCGGUGAAUCCAUCUACGGCGAGAAGUUCGAGGACGAGAUUUCCCCAGCUCUGAAGCACACAGGUGCCGGCAUUCUCAGCAUGGCCAACUCAGGCCCCAACACGAACGGAUCCCAGUUCUUCAUCACGCUAGCGCCUACACCAUGGCUGGACGGCAAGCACACAAUCUUCGGCCGAGUCAAGAGCGGAAUGCAGGCGGUCAAGAAGCUUGGCUGGGUCAAGACAGACCGGGAAGACAGGCCUGUGGAGGAAGUCAGGAUUUUGAAGGCGUACGUGGUCAAAGAGUAG